AUGGAGAGGGAGCCAGCCCUGAAUGGCCAUUCUGGGCCCGUGUCCCCCUUGAAGGACUUGCCAGCAGUAAACCACCUGUCCCAGGACACAUUUCCCUGCAAACAGAAGAAAGUCACUGUUGGGGGGGUGACCAUCAUGGAUGCUCCUCAGGAGGCCUCAGAGGUGGCCAGGAGCAUCGCUGGUGUGUAUGUGGAGGCCUCCAAGAAGACAAUGAGCUUUUAUGAUGCCACCAGAGAGCACCUCCUGAGCCUGGACUCAGCGCUCUGCCUGCUGGAGGCUCAGGCUGCCACAGGCUCCAUGGUGGACCCGGUGAGGAGCAGGCAGGUCUCGGUGGCAGAAGCUGUGCAGCUGGGGCUGGUGGGGCUGGAGCUGAAGGAGAAGCUACUGGCUGCAGAGAGAGCUGCCACUGGCUUUGUGGACCCCUACACCGAGGAGAAGAUCUGCCUCUACCAGGCCAUGCAGAAAGACCUGAUGGGACAGGAACAGGGCACCCGGCUGCUGGAGGCCCAGGUGGCCACUGGGGGCAUCAUUGACCCCGCCACUGGCCGUCGGCUGCCAGCAGACACUGCCCGUCAGAGGGGCUGUCUGAGUGAAGACCUGAGCCAGCUUCUGGCUGACCCCAGCAGUGAGGACACCAAGAGGUUCCUCGACCCCAACACUAUGGAGGAGGUCACCUACAGGGAGCUCAUGAAGAGGUGCAUGGUGGACCCAGUCUCAGGCUUCCUCCUGCUGCCCCUGCAGGUCACGUUCCCCGGGCUGGGAGGUAGGGUGAGCAGCAGGGACCUGCUAGACUCUGGCAUCAUCAGCCCUGAGACCUUCAGGGCUCUGGAGGAGGGAAGAGUUUCCCCCCAGGAGGUGGCAGAGGAUGACUCGGUUCAGCGGUUCCUGCGUGGGAUGAGGAGUGUGGCUGGGGUCGUCCUGGCCUCCGGUGAGCGCAGAAGCCUCUACCAGGCACUGCAAGAACAUCUCCUGGUGCCUGGAGCUGCUCUGAUUCUCCUGCAGGUCCAGGCCUCCACAGGCAGUCUGAUGGACCCCAUAAAGAAUAAAAGCUUCUCCGUGGAUGAGGCUGUCAGGGUAGGUCUCAUUGGCCCAGAGCUUCAUGAGAAGCUGUCCUCAGCAGAGAGGACCCUCACUGGGUACCGGGACCCCUGCACUGGGGAGAUGCUCUCUCUCUUCCAAGCCACCAAGAAGGGCUUCAUCCCCCAGAAUCUUGGCUUCUGCCUCCUGGAGGCCCAGCUGGCCACGGGGGGCAUAAUUGCCCCAGGCAGGCACCUCCGUGUCCCCCCAGAGACAGCCUGCAGGUGGGGACACCUGGACGAGGCCACCAGGCAGCUCCUCUGCAGCCCUGCUGAGGAUACCAAGGGGUUCUUCAACCCCAGCUCCAAGGAGAAGCUGAGCUAUGCAGAGCUGCUCAAGCUCUGCGUCACCGACCCCAGCACAGGGCUCCUGCUGCUGCCUCUUGGAGGGUCCGAGGGGACCCAGCUCUUCUUUGACCACAGGAACCAAGCAGCUCUGGAGAACACGUGGGUGUCCGUUGCUCUGGGCAAGUUCAAGGGCAAGCCAGUGUCUCUCUGGAAGCUUCUCUUCUCUGACCUCAUCCCCAGCGAGCCAAGAGCUGCCCUGGCCCAGCGCUACCUCACAGGGACACUCUCUGCACAGGAGCUGGGGAAGGAGGUCAGUGCCACCAUCGAGGAGAUGGCUUCCACUGCUAACAUCACCUUUGAAGGGCUGAGGGAGCGAGUGACAGCCGACCAGCUCCUGAGCUCCAAGAUCAUCAAUAAGGACUUGUUUAAGAAGCUGAAGGAGGGAGAAACCUCAGCCAAAGAUGUUGUCAGCAUGGACACCGUCAAGAAGUACCUGCAAGGGACAGGGAGCAUCGGGGGGCUGCUUCUGCCUGACUCCCAGGAGAAGAUCAGCAUCUACCAAGCCAAGAGGAAGGGCCUCCUGCGGCCAGGGACCUCACUGAUCCUGCUGGAGGCCCAGGCGGCCACCGGCUUCAUCAUUGACCCCACUGCCAACAGGAGGUACUCAGUGGAUGAGGCUCUGAGAGCCAACAUCAUCGGCCCGGACGUCUACGAGAAGCUGCUGUCGGCCGAGAAGGCCGUCACAGGCUACAAGGACCCCUACUCAGGAGACACCAUCUCCCUCUUCCAGGCCAUGCAGAAGGAGCUGAUCGUCAAGGAGCACGGCAUCCGCCUGCUCGAGGCCCAGAUCGCCACCGGCGGCAUCAUCGACCCCGUCCACAGCCACCGCAUCCCCGUGGAGGUGGCCUACCAGCGCGGCUACUUCGACAAGAAGAUGAACUUGAUCCUGUCUGACCCCAGUGAUGACACCAAGGGCUUCUUCGACCCCAACACCCAGGAGAACCUCACCUACCUGCAGCUGAAGGAAAAGUGCAUCACCGAGGCGCCCACCGGGCUCUGCCUCCUGCCCCUCAACAGCAGGAAGCGGCAGUUUGUCGACGAUGCCACCAGGAAAGUCUUCAGGAGCUCCUGGAUGUCUGUCAGGUUUGGGCGGCUCCGCGGCGAGAAGGUCUCUGUGUGGGACCUGCUGAACUCUGAGUACUUCAGCGAGGGCAGGCGUCGGGAGAUCUUCAACCACUACCAGCUGAGGAAGGUCACCCUGGAGCAGAUCCGGGUCAUGCUGGAGGAGGAAAUGAAGAAAUGGGCUCCCAUCAAGUUCUUGGCCAUGAGAGGCAGCGUCAGUGCCUACCACCUGAUGGAGACCGGCGUCAUUGACAAGGCCCUGUUCGAGAAGGUGCUGGAGGGCUCCGUCACACCAGAGCAGGUCCUGCACAUGGACUCUGUCAAGAAGUACCUCUACGGCUCGGGCAGCAUUGGGGGCAUCGUCCUGCAGCCAUCAAACCAGAGAAUGAGCAUCUACGAGGCCAUGAAGCAGAACAUCGUGGUCCCAGGAGUCGCCCUGCCGCUGCUGGAGGCCCAGGCUGCCACCGGCUUCAUCAUUGACCCGGUGACCAACCAGAAGCUGUGUGUGGAUGAUGCCAUCAAGGAAGGCGUCAUUGGGCCAGAAGUCCACGAGAAGCUGCAGCACGCAGAAGGGGCUGUGACGGGCUACAAAGACCCUUUCACGGGCAAGAAGAUCCCCCUCUUCCAGGCGAUGAAGAAGGGCCUGGUGGCUGACAAGCAGGCCAUGCAGCUGAUGGAGGUGCAGAUGGCUACGGGAGGCAUCAUUGACCCAACAUGUGGCCACCAUCUCCCCACCGAAUCUGCCCAGAAGCGAGGGUGUCUGGAUGAGGACACCAGCAAGGCCCUCUCUGCGCCCAGUGACAGGACCAGAGCCUUCUGCGUCCCGGACAGCAAGGAGCCCCUGACCUAUGCCGAGCUGAUCGAGCGCUGCCAGAAGGACGAGGUCUCUGGCUUUCACCUGCUGCCUCUGGCCCAGCCAGCAGCUCCCAGCUACACCGACCAGCAGAUCCAGCAGAUCUUCAAGGAGACAAUGGUGAAGGAAAAGGGGGUGUCCCUCUGGGAGCUGAUCCACUCCGGGUACUUCACCGAGGAGCAGAGGAGAGACUUCGUGGAGAGGUUCCGCUCCCAGGACAUGUCACUGCAGCAGCUGGUGGCUCUCGUGCUCAAGCUGGUUGGGGAGAUGGAGAUGAAAGCUGGCUCCAAGAUCUUCUUGGAAGGCUUGAGGGGUGGUGUCCCUGCAGUCUGGCUGCUGGAUACCGGCAUCAUCACCCAAAAGACCUUUGAAGAACUGGCUCAGGGCACGAGGACUCCUGAGGAGGUGGCUGCAAUGGAGAGUGUGAGGAGGUACCUGCAGGGCACAGGUAGCAUCGCCGGGGUGCUCAUAGAGGCAUCCAAGAAGAAGAUGAGCUUCUACGAAGCCAUGAAAAGCAACCUCCUCCUCCCUGGUGCUGCUCUGAGGCUGCUGGAAGCCCAGGUGGCCGCAGGACACGUGACAGACCCUGCCACCAACCAGAGGCUGAGCGUGAGGGACGCUGUGAAAGCGGCUGUGGUUGGUGAGGAGCUCACCGAGAAGCUGCUCCUGGCUGAGCGGGCAGUGACCGGCUACACAGACCCCUACACUGGCAGCUCCAUCUCACUGCGCCAGGCACUCCGCAAGGACCUGCUUUCCCUGGCAGAUGCUGUGCCCUUGCUGGAGGCCCAGCUGGCCACAGGAGGGGUCAUCGACCCCAUCCACCACCAUCACCUCCCACUCAGGGCUGCCUGCAGAUAUGGCUUCUAUGAUGAGGACUUGAACCAAACACUCUCACGGGUGGAUGACACCACCAGAGUCUUCUUCGACCCCAACACAAAGGAGAAGGUGACCUACCAGCAGCUGAAGGACAGGUGCAUCCGUGAUGCUGAGUCAGGGCUCUGGCUCCUUCCCCUGUCAGAGGAGGCCACGUUCUGUGUGGAUGAGCAAACCAUGGAGGUGCUGAAGUCUGUGACCGUUUGUGUCAACAUCGGGCGGUUCAAAGGGCAGACGGUGUCCGUCUGGGACCUUCUCAACUCAGAGUACUUCACAGACAGCAAGAGAAGAGAGCUGGUGCAGAGGUUCAAGGAGGAGAACACUGAGGUGCUGCGUGAGAUUGUAACCAUCGUCACCACCAUCAUCGAAGAGACUGAGGCCCGGGGCAGGAAGUUUGCCUUCCAGGGCCUGCGGAAGCGAGUGUCGGCCAGCGACCUCUUCCAGUCCCAGCUGAUAGACAAGAAAACCCUCGAUGAGCUCAACCAGGGGAAGAAAACGGUCAAAGAGGUCACCGAGAUGGAGUCUGUCCGCAGGUACCUGGAGGGCAGCAAUUUCAUAGCAGGGGUGCUCAUCCAGCCAAGCAAGGAGAAGAUGAGCAUCUACCAGGCCAUGAGGAGGGGUAUCCUGAGGCCAGGGACAGCUCUGGUGCUCCUGGAGGCACAGGCAGCCACCGGCUACAUCAUUGACCCAGAGAAGAACCAGAAGCUGUCAGUGGAGGACGCAUUGGAUGCAGGCCUGAUUGGAGGGGAGGUCUUUGAGAAGCUGCUGUCAGCUGAGAGGGCUGUGACCGGUUACACCGACCCCUACACCAAGGCCCCCAUGUCCCUCUUUGAAGCCAUGAACCAGGGUCUGAUUGUGAAGAGCCACGGCAUCCGCCUGCUCGAGGCACAGAUCGCCACCGGCGGCAUCAUCGACCCCAUCCACAGCCACCGCAUCCCUGUGCAGGUGGCCUACCAGCGCGGCUACUUCGACCAGGAGAUGAACCAGAUCCUCUCUGACCCUAGCGACGACACCAAGGGCUUCUUUGACCCCAACACCCAUGAGAACCUCACCUACAUGCAGCUCCUGGAGAGAUGCAUCCAAGACUCUGAGACUGGCUUGCACAUGCUGCAGGUGGUGAGGGAAGGAGGAAAGUACUUCUACAUCGAUGAGGCCACCAAGCAGGUGUUGCGCUCAAAGACCCUCAAAGUGAAAGCUGGAAAGUUCAAGGACCAAACAGUUUCUGUCUGGGAGGUCCUCUGCUCCCAUUACAUCUCAGAGCACAAGCGGAAGGAGCUGGUGAUGCAGUACAAGUACAAGACCCUGAGCCUGGAAGACCUCAUAGCCCUCAUCUGCAAGAUCAUCGAGGACACAGAGCAAAGAGCAGAAGCCCUGAAGGUCAGAGGGCUCCGUGGGGACGUGUCUGUGGCAGAGCUGUUCAGCUCCGAGAUCAUUGACAAGAAAACUCUGGAUCAGCUGCAGGAUGGCAGCCUCACGCUUGCCAGCCUCACCCAAAGGGACACCAUCAAGAGGUAUUUGGAUGGCACUGGAUGCAUUGCUGGGGUGCUGCUGCCAAAAAGGCAGGAGAAGAUGAGCAUCUACCAGGCCUUGCAGAAGGGCCUCCUGAUGGAGCAGUGUGCAGAGGGGCUGCUAGAGGCACAGGCAGCCACUGGGUUCCUCAUCGACCCGCUGAGAAACCAGAAGCUGCCGGUGGCUGAGGCAGUGGCAGCCGGGCUGGUAGGCAGAGAGCUGCAGGAGAAGCUGCUGCUGGCAGAGAAGGCCGUGAUGGGCUACAGAGAGCCUCAGACAGGAGACAAGAUCUGCCUCUUCCAGGCCAUACAGCAGAAGAUGGUGGUCAAGGAGUACGGCAUCCGCCUGCUGGAGGCCCAGCUGGCCACCGGCGGUGUCAUAGACCCUGUCCACAGCCACCGCCUGCCCGUGGAGGUGGCCUACAGGCGUGGCUGCUUGGACGAUGACACGUUCCUCCUGCUGUCCGACCCAGACCAUGGCAGCAAAGGGUUCAUAGACCCAAACACCCGGGAGAAGAUCAGCUAUGGGCAGCUUCUGCAGAGAUGUGCCAAAGACAGAGACACUGGGUUAUACCUGCUGCAGGUGAUGGAGCAGGAAGAGGACUACUUCUACAUCGAUGAGCGGACAAGAAAGGCCCUCUUGGCCACCAAGGUGCAGGUGCCAGUGGGAAAAUACAGAGGAGAGGUCUUGUCCCUGUGGGACAUGCUCUGCUCUGAAUACAUCACGGAGGAGAAACGGAAAGAGCUGGUGAAGAGAUACAAAGAAGAAUCCAACCACAUUCUCCAGGGCAUUAUUGAGACGAUCCUGAACAUCAUCAAGGAAAGAGAGGAGGAUAGAACUGACAUCUGGUUCCAGGGGCUCAGACAGCAGAUAACAGCAUCAGAACUCCUCAGUGCACAGAUCAUCACAGAGGAAACCAUGGAGAAGCUCCACAAGGGAAAGGAGACAGCAGAAAACAUUGCACAGAUGGAGAGUGUCAGAAGAUACCUUGAGGGAACUGGAAGUAUCGCUGGUGUGCUGGUGCCCUCCAAGGCUGACCCCACCAGGCUGGAGAAGAUGAGCAUCUACCAGGCCAUGUGGAAGGGCAUCCUGAGGCAGGGCACAGCACUGGUGCUGCUGGAGGCGCAGGCGGCCACCGGCUUCAUUAUUGAUCCAGUCAACAACAAGAAGCUGUCAGUGGAUGAGGCAGUGGCAGCCGGGCUGGUGGGCAGUGAGCUGCAGAGAAAACUACUCUCUGCUGAGAGAGCUGUGACCGGCUACAGCCACCCCUGCACAGGGCAGAAGAUGUCCCUGUUCCAGGCCAUGCAGCAGCAGCUGAUCGUCAAGGAGCACGGCAUCCGCCUGCUCGAGGCCCAGAUCGCCACCGGCGGCAUCAUCGACCCUGUCCACAGCCACCGCCUGCCCGUGGAAGCUGCCUACCAGCGCGGCUACUUCGACCAGGAGAUGAACCAGGUCCUGUCCGACCCUGGCGAUGACACCAAGGGCUUCUUCGACCCCAACACCCAGGAGAACCUCACCUACCUGCAGCUGCUGCGCCGCUGCGUGCCCGACCCAGCCACGGGGCUGCUGAUGCUGCAGCUGAUGGACAAGAGCUCAGUGCUGCACCAGCUGCCAGAGAAUGCCCGAGAAGCCCUGCAGAGCACCCGCACCACCCUCAGCCUGGGGCUCUUCCAGGGCCAGAGCGUCACCCUCUGGGAGCUCCUCUUCUCCCGCUACGUCCCUGAGCGCCGGCGCCAGGACCUCCUGCGCCAGUACAAGGCAGGGACGGUCACCAUCUCUGACCUGCUCACCCUGCUCACCAGCAUUGUCAUGGAGGCAGAGGGCCAGGGCCACAAAACUACCCUGGGACAGAAGGCAACACAGGAGGAAGCCCCAGCAAAAGCCAGGAGUGCAGGGCCCCAGGACUCCAGGAAUGGUGAGACCAUAGGUGAGGACCAACAACGUGAACAGGAACUGGAGCAGUCCCUCAAAGCUUAUACCACUGAAGUCCCAGCAGAAGCCUUCCAGACCACAAAGGUCUCCCUCUGGGACAUCCUCUUCUCAACCUAUGUCACUCUUGCCAAGAGGCAGGAGCUGCUGGGUCAGGUGCGGGCUGGCAGUCUGGUACUGGACGAGCUGGCCAGGCGCCUCGCCCUGCUGGUGCAGGAGGCCCUGGAGCGCAGCAGCCAGGUCAAGUUCAGAGGCCUCCGCAGGCAGGUGACCGCCUCGGACCUGCUAGACUCCGGCAUCAUCGACAGGGACACAAUGGCCCAGCUGGUGCAGGGCUCCAAGACGGUGCAGGACGUGACCCAGAUGGCCUCCGUCAAGCGCUACCUGGACGGCACCGGCUGCAUUGCCGGUGUGCUGGUGCCCUCCAAGGCUGACCCCACCAGGCUGGAGAAGAUGAGCAUCUACCAAGCCAUGGAGAAGGGCAUCCUCAGGCAGGGCACGGCGCUGGUGCUGCUGGAGGCACAGGCGGCCACCGGCUUCCUGGUCGACCCCCACAGCAACCAGAAGCUGUCGGUGGACGAGGCGGUGGCGGCCGGGCUGGUGGGCAGCGAGCUGCACGAGAAGCUGCUGUCGGCCGAGAGGGCAGUCACCGGCUACAAGGACCCCUACACCGGGGACAAGAUCUCCCUCUUCCAGGCCAUGCAGAAGGAGCUGAUCGUCAAGGAGCACGGCAUCCGCCUGCUCGAGGCCCAGAUCGCCACCGGCGGCAUCAUCGACCCUGUCCACAGCCACCGCCUGCCCGUGGAAGCUGCCUACCAGCGCGGCUACUUCGACCAGGAGAUGCACCAGGUCCUGUCCGACCCCGGCGAUGACACCAAGGGCUUCUUCGACCCCAACACCCAGGAGAACCUCACCUACCUGCAGCUGCUGCGCCGCUGCGUGCCCGACCCGGCCACGGGGCUGCUGAUGCUGCAGCUGAUGGACAAGAGCUCAGUGCUGCACCAGCUGUCGAAGGAUGCCCGAGAAGCCCUGCAGAGCACCCGCACCACCCUCAGCCUGGGGCUCUUCCAGGGCCAGAGCGUCACCCUCUGGGAGCUCCUCUUCUCCCGCUACGUCCCUGAGCGCCGGCGCCAGGACCUCCUGCGCCAGUACAAGGCGGGGACGGUCACCAUCUCUGACCUGCUCACCCUGCUCACCAGCAUUGUCAUGGAGGCAGAGGGCCAGAGCCACAAAACUACCCUGGGACAGAAGGCAACACAGGAGGAAGCCCCAGCAAAAGCCAGGAGUGCAGGGCCCCAGGACUCCAGGAAUGGUGAGACCAUAGGUGAGGACCAACAACGUGAACAGGAACUGGAGCAGUCCCUCAAAGCUUAUACCACUGAAGUCCCAGCAGGAGCCUUCCAGACCACAAAGGUCUCCCUCUGGGACAUCCUCUUCUCAACCUAUGUCACUCUUGCCAAGAGGCAGGAGCUGCUGGGUCAGGUGCGGGCUGGCAGUCUGGUACUGGACGAGCUGGCCAGGCGCCUCGCCCUGCUGGUGCAGGAGGCCCUGGAGCGCAGCAGCCAGGUCAAGUUCAGAGGCCUCCGCAGGCAGGUGACCGCCUCGGACCUGCUAGACUCCGGCAUCAUCGACAGGGACACAAUGGCCCAGCUGGUGCAGGGCUCCAAGACGGUGCAGGACGUGACCCAGAUGGCCUCCGUCAAGCGCUACCUGGACGGCACCGGCUGCAUUGCCGGUGUGCUGGUGCCCUCCAAGGCUGACCCCACCAGGCUGGAGAAGAUGAGCAUCUACCAAGCCAUGGAGAAGGGCAUCCUCAGGCAGGGCACGGCGCUGGUGCUGCUGGAGGCACAGGCGGCCACCGGCUUCCUGGUCGACCCCCACAGCAACCAGAAGCUGUCGGUGGACGAGGCGGUGGCGGCCGGGCUGGUGGGCAGCGAGCUGCACGAGAAGCUGCUGUCGGCCGAGAGGGCAGUCACCGGCUACAAGGACCCCUACACCGGGGACAAGAUCUCCCUCUUCCAGGCCAUGCAGAAGGAGCUGAUCGUCAAGGAGCACGGCAUCCGCCUGCUCGAGGCCCAGAUCGCCACCGGCGGCAUCAUCGACCCCGUCCACAGCCACCGCCUGCCCGUGGAAGCUGCCUACCAGCGCGGCUACUUCGACCAGGAGAUGAACCGGGUCCUGUCCGACCCCGGCGAUGACACCAAGGGCUUCUUCGACCCCAACACCCAGGAGAACCUCACCUACCUGCAGCUGCUGCGCCGCUGCGUGCCCGACCCGGCCACGGGGCUUUAUCUCCUUCAAGUGCAGAGGAGUGCAGGCAGCACGCGCCGGCGGCUCAGACACCCCAAGACCUCCGUGUCACCCCAGGCGGAGGUGGGGCGGCCCGGGGACAUCCGCCUGGAGCAGGUGAUGGUGACGACAAAGACGGUGGCUGCAGGGACAAUGGAGAACGACGACGUGGAAAGGACCCUGGCUGCGGGUGGGCACAAAGAGACGGGUGAAGGCAGCUUCAUAGCUGGAGUCUUCCUCCAGGGCACGAAGAAGAAGCUGAGCAUCUACGAGGCCAUGGUGAGGGGGCUCCUGACGCCGGGCACGGCGCUGGUGCUGCUGGAGGCACAGGCGGCCUCGGGGCUCCUGGUGGACCCGGUGAGGAACCAGAAGCUGUCGGUGGCCGAGGCGCUGGCCCAAGGCCUCAUCGGCAGGGACUUCCACCAGAAGCUGCUGUCUGCCGAGGGGGCGGUGGCAGGGUACGCGGAGCCCUGCACGGGGCAGAGGCUGUCCCUGCUGCAGGCCAUGCGGCGGGGCCUCAUCGUCCGGGAGCACGGCCUGCGCCUGCUCGAGGCCCAGCUGGCCACCGGCGGCAUCCUCGUGCCCGGCCAGGGCCGCCUGCCCGCGGAGCUGGCCUGCCAGCGCGGGUACCUGGACACGGAGCUGUGCCGGUGUCUGUGCGACCCCAAGCACCAAACCAGGAGCUGCUUCGACCCCAACACCCAGGAGAACCUCACCUACCUGCAGCUGCUGCGCCGCUGCGUGCCGGACCCGGCCACGGGGCUGCUGAUGCUGCAGCUGAUGGACAGGAGCUCAGUGCUGCACCAGCUGUCGAAGGAUGCCCGAGAAGCCCUGCAGAGCACCCGCACCACCCUCAGCCUGGGGCUCUUCCAGGGCCAGAGCGUCACCCUCUGGGAGCUCCUCUUCUGCCGCCACAUCCCCGAGCUCCGGCGGGAGGAGCUGCUGAGGAGAUACAAGGAGGGGACGGUCACCAUCCCAGAGAUGGUCACCAUCCUCACCACCACCAUCGCCGGGGCUGAAGGGCAAAGAGGGGAUCUGAGCUCAUCCACAGCCGGACCCACCCCCGCGGCGGGACCCUCGCAACCAGCCCAGGACAUGCAGUCCCAGGAGCAACAGCUGAGGAAGUCCUUGAAGUCUGCAACCAUCUCGGUCACUGCUGGGGAGCUCCAGGGGCAGAACGUCUCCCUGCUGGACCUGCUCUUCUCCAGCUACGUCCCUCAAGAGAAGCGGCAGGAGCUGCUGGAGCUGUACAGAGCGGGCAUCCUGACCACAGAGCAGGUGGCUACCGUGGUCACCACCAUCGUCAACAGGACAGAGGCUGCCAAUGCCACGCUCCUGGCCAGCGCCAGAAGUCCACACGCAGCGGCGCCAAAGGCAGGGGACGAUGGAGAGGAGUUCUCGACACAAGACAACAUCCUGAAGUCCACCACCAUUGAGGUACCAGCUGGGGAGUCCCAGGGCAGGCAGGUCUCUGUGUGGGAGCUGCUCUUCUCCAGGUAUGUUCCCGAGGACAAGAGGCAGGAGCUCCUGCAGCUCUACCACGAAAGGCUGUUGACGCUGGAGCAGAUGACAACGGUGGUCACCACGCUGGUCAAGAAGAAAGAAUCUACGAGAAGGAAGUUCCAGGUUUCAGCCAAGGCCUCCAACAAGGACACCGUGCCACCAGGAGAGCAGGAUGGUCAGGACUCCUCCAAGGAGGAGCCUUGGAAAACAGCCUUGAAGACCACAGUGGUUGACAUGGAGGUUGGAGAGCUCCGAGGCCACAAAGUCUCUGUGUGGGACCUGCUCCACUCCAAGUACAUCCCUGAAGAGAACAGGAAGGAGCUGCUGGAACUCUACCAAGCAGGAGAGCUGACCCUGGAGCAGGUGAAGAUGGUGGUCAGCACCAUUGUGACCAAGGCAGAAGCAGCAAGAGCAGAGCAGUCUGCAAAUGAGAGAGAUCCAAGAGAGGAAUCAAUGGUUGUAGAAGCUGAGGACACUCACUUGCAGGACAGGACCUGGGAGGAGACCCUGAAGUCCACCACAGUUGGGAUAUCAGUGGAUGAGUUCCAGGGCAGGCAGGUCUCUGUGUGGGAGCUGCUAUUCUCUGACUACAUCCCUGAGGAGAAGAGGCAGGAGCUCCUGCAGCUCUACCGCGCAGGGACAUUGGCCUUGGAGCAGAUGACAACGGUGGUCACCACGCUGGUCAAGAAGAAAGCAUCUACGAGAAGGAAGUUCCAGGUUUCAGCCAAGGCCUCCAACAAGGACACCGAGCCUUGGAAAACAGCCUUGAAGACCACAGUGGUUGACAUGGAGGUUGGAGAGCUCCGAGGCCACAAGGUCUCUGUGUGGGACCUGCUCCACUCCAAGUACAUCCCUGAAGAGAACAGGAAGGAGCUGCUGGAGCUCUACCAAGCAGGAGAGCUGACCCUGGAGCAGGUGAAGAUGGUGGUCAGCACCAUUGUGACCAAGGCAGAAGCAGCAAGAGCAGAGCAGUCUGCAAGCGAGAGAGAUCCAAGAGAGGAAUCAAUGGUUGUAGAAGCUGAGGACUCUGAUGUGCAGGACAGGACCUGGGAGGAGACCCUGAAGUCCACCACAGUGAAGAUGUCACCAGAUGAAUCCAAGGGCAGGCAGGUCUCUGUGUGGGAGCUGCUAUUCUCUGACUACAUCCCUGAGGAGAAGAGGCAGGAGCUCCUGCAGCUCUACCGCGCAGGGUCGCUGCCCCUCCAGGAGCUGGUCAGCAUCGCGGCGGGCAGCCAAAGGCACCUUGCCCAGCAGACCAUGGAUCUCCUGCAGUCCGAGGGCUCCUACAUCACCUUCGGCCAGUUCCAGGAGCAGAAGGUGUCCGUGUGGGAGCUGCUCUCCUCCCAGCAGGUCUCCAAGUACCAGCGAGAGGCCCAGCUGGACUCGUACGGCAGCGGGGGGCUGACGGUCAACAAGAUCACCGUCACCACCACCGUCAUCACGCGCCCGCAGCGCCACUAG